UUCUCCUCAUCUAUUGAAUCUCAGAGUUGGCCGUGACGCGCGGCCCAGGGGAAGACCACAUAGAUCUCACCAGAAUGCAACGACCAUCGAGGUUUCUUACCCGACGAUUUGUGUAUGGGAAUCACUUUGCGCGCCUCGCUUUUUGAGAGAAACUUGCUUUUUUUAAGAGACACGGUGAAUGCGGUGAAAGCGGUGGAGACCUCCGGAUCACGAAAUGUUGGGAUGGAAGGCGCAGACUUUGACUCGCCGUCUCCAACAGGAGUAUGAAGUCCUACUUCACGGGUGUGAGAUCACCGAGAGUGAAACUUUGUUGCCUUGGGAUAUCGCUACACGCCUUCGGGGAAAUAUUAUCAAGUGGGAAACGGUAACCAUCGCGCAGUCCCCGCAACAUGGCCUCGGCUGCUAAUGCGUCCUCCGAGCAGGAAAACAGAGACCCCGAUCGGCCGAGGAUAACGCGGAGGAACAGGGGGGACUAUACCCGCAACACACCGCUGGAUUUGGAGUAUUUGCAGCGGCCGAGUUACUGCGAUGCGGGUUUUGCAUUGCAGCAAAUAUCCGAGGGGAAGGCGACUGGGAGAAAAGCACCUCUAUGGCUGAGAGCGAAGUUCCAGAGACUUUUAUUUAGGCUGGGCUGUUACAUACAAAAGAACUGCGGAAAGUUUUUGGUUGUGGGCCUCAUGAUAUUCGGAGCUUUCGCCGUGGGUUUACGGGCAGCUAAUUUGGAGACGGACGUGGAGAAACUCUGGGUGGAAGUCGGUGGGCGCGUGAAUCAGGAGCUGAAGUACACGCGGCAGAAGAUGGGCGAGGAGGCCAUGUUUAACCCUCAGCUGAUGAUCCAGACGCCGCGGGAGGAGGGAGCCAACGUUCUGACAGUGGAGGCGCUACGACAGCACCUGGAAUCAGCCAUCCGAGCCAGCAGAGUUCAUGUUUACCUUUAUAACAGACAUUGGAAAUUAGAACACUUAUGCUACAAAUCAGGAGAGCUAGUCACAGAAACCCAUUUAAUGAAUCAGAUCAUAGAGAAACUACAUCCCUGCCUCAUCAUCACCCCAUUGGACUGUUUCUGGGAGGGAGCCAAGCUUCAGUCUGGAAUGGUCUAUCUACCAGGUAAGCCGCCUCUACAGUGGACCAACUUUGACCCCAAGGAGUUCCUGGAGGAGCUGAAAGCCGGGAACUUCCAGGUGGACAGCUUUGAGGACAUGCUGGAGAAGGCAGACGUCGGACACGGCUACAUGGAUAGACCGUGUCUAAACCCUGCCGACCCCGACUGCCCCCUCACCGCACCCAACAAGAACGCCACCAAGCCAUUCGACGUGGCACGGGCCCUGAGCGGCGGCUGCCAUGGUCUGUCCAGGAAGUACAUGCACUGGCAGGAGGAACUGAUCGUAGGAGGGACCACCAAGAAUGGCAGUGGACCCCUGCUCAGUGCCCAGGCCUUACAGACCAUGUUCCAGUUGAUGACUCCCAAGCAGAUGUUUGAGCACCUGCGGGACUACGAGGGGGUUUCCCACAUCAACUGGAACGAAGAUAAGGCUGCAGCCAUACUGGAAGCCUGGCAGAGGAGAUACUCCGAGGCAGUGCAGCAGAGUGUGGCAGCCAACUCCUCUCAGAAGGUCCUGUCCUUUACCACCACCACACUGGAGGACAUCCUCAAGUCCUUCUCUGACAUCAGCGUCAUUCGUGUAGCCAGUGGUUACCUGCUCAUGCUGGCCUAUGCGUGUCUGACGAUGCUGCGGUGGGACUGUGCCAAGUCUCAGGGGGCUGUGGGACUGGCAGGCGUCCUUUUGGUGGCUCUGUCUGUGGCAGCAGGCCUCGGCCUCUGCUCUCUCCUGGGCAUCUCUUUCAACGCUGCCACCACGCAGGUGCUACCCUUUUUGGCUCUGGGUGUUGGUGUAGAUGAUGUCUUCCUCCUCGCACAUGCCUUCAGUGAGACGGGACAGAACAAGAGGAUCCCGUUUGAGGACCGCACUGGGGAGUGUCUGAAGAGGACAGGGGCCAGUGUGGCUCUCACCUCCAUCAGUAAUGUCACAGCAUUCUUCAUGGCAGCCCUCAUUCCCAUCCCAGCACUCAGAGCCUUUUCUUUACAGGCUGCGGUGGUGGUGGUGUUUAACUUUGCCAUGGUGCUGCUCAUCUUCCCCGCAAUCCUCAGCAUGGACCUCUACCGGCGAGAGGACCGCCGCUUUGACAUCUUCUGCUGCUUCUACAGUCCUUGUGCCAAUCGCGUGAUCCAGAUCGAGCCUCAGGCCUACCUGGAUGGGACGGACGGCAGCCGCUACAGCCCGCCCCCAUCCUACCGCACCCCUCCUCCCUCCUACCGCACCCCUCCCCCCAGCUACAGCAGCCCCCCUCCCUCCUACAGCAGCCACGGCUUCGCCCAGCAGACCCAGAUCACCAUGCAGUCCACCGUGCAGCUCAGGACAGAAUACGACCCCCGGACGCAGGCCUUCUACACCACGGCUGAGCCCCGCUCCCAGAUCUCCGUGCAGCCCAUCAACCCGGCUCCGACGAGGAGCAACCCCAGCAAUGAUUAUUACAGCAGUAACAACAGCGGCAGCAGGAGCAGCAGCAGCAACCGCGGCAAUCUGAACAACAACAACAGUCGCGGUAGUGGGGGAUCCGGGAGUGCUGCCACCUUUUCACAUCAUCAUCAUCAUCCUCCUCCUCCGCCUCCGCCUCCUGCUACUGCUGCUCCAACUCCAAGCACUGCCUCAGUUCCCCAGGGUGAUGCAGCGUCAUCGGCCUGCCAGAGCCCCGAGAACAACAGCUCCACACGGGACCUGCUGUCCCAGUUUGGAGAAGCCUCACUCAGUCUGCGCUGCCUGGAGCCUCCCUGCUCCCGCUGGACCCUGGCUUCUUUCGCUGAGAAGCACUACGCUCCCUUCCUCCUGCAGCCCACCAGCAAGGUUGUUGUGAUUGUGCUGUUCCUUUGCCUGCUGGGGGUCAGCCUAUAUGGGACGACCCGCGUGAGGGAUGGCCUGGAGCUGACUGACAUCGUACCCAGGGAAACUAGCGAGUACGACUUCAUUGGCGCCCAGUUCAAGUUCUUCUCCUUCUACAACAUGUAUGUGGUAACACAGCGGGCGGACUACGCCCAGGACCAGCCUCUGCUGCACCAGCUCCACCAGAGGUUCCAUACUGUCCGCUACGUGCUGAAGGAGGACAACGGACAGCUGCCCCGCAUGUGGCUUCACUACUUCAGGGACUGGCUGCAAGGUCUCCAGCAGGCAUUUGACAGGGACUGGGAGGCAGGUCGUAUCACCUUCCACAGCUAUAAGAACGGCUCUGAUGACGGCGUCCUAGCGUACAAGCUCCUGGUGCAGACAGGACGCAGGGACAAGCCCAUCAACUUCAACCUGUUGACUCGUCAGAGGCUGGUGGAUGCAGAUGGGAUCAUCAACCCCGGAGCUUUCUACAUCUACCUGACUGCUUGGGUCAGCAAUGAUCCCAUGGCCUACGCCGCCUCACAGGCCAACAUCCGCCCACACCCUCCCGAGUGGCUGCACGACCCCACCGACUCCAUGCCCGAAACACGCCUCAACAUCCCGGCAGCCGAGCCCAUCGAAUACGCACAGUUCCCCUUCUACCUCAACGGGCUUCGGGAGACGCCCCAGUUUGUGGAGGCUAUCGAGAGCGUGCGGGCGAUCUGCAGCAACUACAGCCGUCAAGGCCUGCCCUCCUACCCCAAUGGCUACCCUUUCCUCUUCUGGGAGCAGUACGUCAGCCUGCGCCACUGGCUCCUGCUGUCCAUCAGUGUGGUGCUGGCCUGCACCUUCCUGGUCUGCGCCCUCUUCCUGCUCAACCCCUGGACUGCUGGCAUCAUAGUGCUGGUGUUGUCUCUGAUGACUGUGGAGCUGUUUGGCUUCAUGGGUUUGAUGGGAAUCAAGCUGAGCGCCGUGCCUGUGGUCAUUCUCAUCGCCUCUGUGGGGAUCGGAGUGGAGUUCACUGUCCAUGUAGCCCUGGCGUUCCUGACAGCCAUAGGGGAUCGUCACAAGCGGGCAGUGCUGGCGCUGGAGCACAUGUUUGCUCCAGUGCUUGACGGGGCCUUGUCCACCUUGCUGGGCGUCCUCAUGCUGGCGGGCUCCGAGUUCGACUUUAUCGUCAGGUAUUUCUUUGCAGUGUUGGCCAUCCUAACAGUUCUUGGAGUACUGAAUGGAUUGGUCCUUCUUCCAGUAUUACUGUCAUACUUUGGACCCUAUCCAGAGGUCUCUCCAGUAGAUGGUCGUAGCCGCUUACCCACCCCGUCCCCGGAGGCCCCUCCUCAUGUGGUCCACUUCUCAGUCCGUCCUCGCCACACCACCACCUCGGGUGCUGCUUCUGAUUCCUCAGACUCAGAGUACAGCUCCAACACUACAGUGUCUGGCAUCAGCCAGGAGCUUCAGAACUACAACCUCUCCUCAGCUAGGGGGCGAGCUAGAGUGGAGGAUCAGCAGUACCACCUCCAGACCAGCAGGGGCAGAACAGCCAGGACAGAGGAAGAAAGGAGGGCAGGAACAGGGAGCAGGCGCACCAGGCAGCCUUACCCUCCAGCCUAUACUGUGUCCUCGUCUGUCCCCUCUCAGGGUUGUGAUUCUGGGCCCCAGCCCGGGGCUACUCACCGCUACAACAGCAGGAACCCCAAGAGCCAGCUGCACCAGCAGUCCCCGCCCCCAGCCCAUCCGCGCAUGGACGCUUUUGAAACUGCUACUGAGGCUGGGGGCCAUUACAGCUCGCAUGGCUCCGGCCAUAGAGAACACUCAGCAGGCCACAGGGCCCGCUCCUCCCACAACCCACGGCCCAAUCACCAUCUCCCGCACCACUCCAACCCUGCCCCUUACUGCCAACCCAUCACCACGGUAACAGCGUCAGCCUCGGUUACUGUCGCCGUCCACCCAGCCCCCUUGUCCAACCAGAGCCCCCCUGCUUCUUCUUAUGCGGGAUACACAGCAGCGGACAGUUACCAACCCGCAGGGGCAGAGUCCUCGGGGGCAGAGCCGGAGUCUGACUUCCAGGACCCUCACGUUCCACUGGAAACCCACACAGGGCCCAGAGGAGCCAAGAUGGAUGCCAUGGAGCUUCAGGAUAUGGAGUUUGAGGCAGCUGAGAGCAACUGUGGCAGACGGGCUAGCUGAGUUGUAAAGAGCAGAAGCACAACGGCCAAAGAUGGACUCCUCCGUAUUUCUAAGCAGCUGACCUGGCCCGGCCCGGCCCGAGUCGACCCGGACCAGCGUAGCCCAGCCCGGCUCUGUCCGGCCCAGCACAGCUAGCCCCUGGCCCUAGGCAGCAAGACAUUCCCCAGUGUUGCCGUCAUGGUGCUCAUUCUUACUGUAACACAGUGGACUAUUGUCUUAGAAAUAUCUAUCAAUAUUUAAAAGAUGUACACAUGUGUAAAUAUGAACAAAAAGUAGCUAUAAUUUUAGGAGCUGUACAACUCCACUCGUUAACAGACUGGGGCUGCCAUUUUACAUGGUAUUUUUGCGUGUGUGUGUGGACUGUGUAAAUGUGUGUGAGUGUGUGUAUGAGACUGAGAGAGAGAAAGAGAUAGAUCUCUGAUUACUGUUCACUCAUCUGUGGAUCUGUGCCAUGAGGAAGCUUCAUCUAGACAAAAAUACCUGUCAGCAUUCAUUGUUGCUGCUUGAACUAUUUUGAAAUGAUAUACAUUUAUAACUCUAUGCAAAUGUCUCUUUUAAACAAAAGAAGUGUGUGAGUUGAUCUAUGUACAUUGGUGUCUUUGUGUGUGCGUGUGUGCGUGUGUGUGUGUGUGUGUGUGUGUGUGUGUGUGUGUGUGUGUGUGUGUUUAGGACUAUAUGAUGUGAAACAGAUUCAGCUCUUUCUGGCUUAUCCAUCAGAUACAUCUUCAAAAUAGACUAACAUUUACGCUCAUUUAAAACAUGAGGGAAAUUGUUAGAAUUAUCAAACAGGGCUCUUAUGUGUGUGUGUGUGUGUGUGUGUGUGUGUGUGCGUGCGUGUGUGCGUGUGUG